GUAGCAAGCUUUCGUGCGGGACAAGCUUACAGUGUCACGCUUAACUAUUAACUACAGUGUCUCGUAUAAAAUAAACGAAUCACCUUUAAAAUAAGCUUAUAGUAAAUAUAUUAAACUCGAUGGUUCUCCUUAUAAAAAAUGUUAAUCACAAGUGAAAAUAGCAAUUAUAGCACCUAAAUGAGAUAAGCAUAAGUGUUAAAAUGCAGCAAUGCGCCAAAAGAUCGAUGUCAGUAUUCCCUGAUGCCAAAAUUUACAAAAUUUAGUGUCAAAUAUUUAAAAUGGAGCCCCUCAUAGAUAGAAACAACUUUGCUGUUAGCGCAAUGGUCACGGUGGCGAUGCAGAUACUAUUUUUCAUGAUCGCCUCGCUGUCACAGAGCGACAAAGUUACAGAUUUCACUGGUGGUGCCAAUUUUAUCAUAAUAGCACUGUUAACAUUCUUUCUUGGUCAAGGAGGAAGCACAUUAAGAAACUAUGACAGCAGACAACUUAUGGUAACAGCGUUCGUGUGUGUUUGGGGUGUGAGGCUCUCUGGAUAUCUGAUUUACAGAAUUUACCAUAUUGGAAGAGAUAAACAAUUCGAAGAUCGCAAAAGUAACACCUUGAGAUUUGCUGUUUUUUACACCUUUCAAGCGGUAUGGGUCUAUAUUGUUAGCUUGCCAGUCAUUAUUAUUAAUUCACCUCACCACUCAUAUCCGAAAGCUCCCAAAACAAUGACAACAUUAGACUCCGCCGGCGCGGGUGUGUUCGUAAUCGGAUUGUUGAUUGAGACGUACGCAGAUCUACAGAAGUUCGCAUUUCGUCAAGAGCCAGCUAAUCAAGGAAGGUGGUGCAACGACGGCCUUUGGGGACUAUCCCGACAUCCAAACUAUUUUGGCGAAGUUGUACUCUGGUGGGGUAUAUUUAUAAUAUCAUUGAAUGUUAUCGAGGGUAUCGAGUACAUUGCAAUAUUGUCGCCUUUAUUCACGAGUGCUAUUAUAUUAUUCUUAUCUGGAAUACCAUUACUCGAACGAUCGGCGGACGAAAAGUAUAGAGAUAACCCUGAUUAUUUAUAUUACAAAGCGUCCACGUCACCCUUUAUACCGAUACCGCCGGCUAUUUAUGUCGAAGUUCCAAGAUUUCUCAAAUGUAUGUUGUGCUGUGAGUUUCCGAUUUAUGAUUCUACAAGAGAAGAGUUCCCUGCUCCCACAAUUGUGACCGAGACCACUAGUAUAUCGAUGGUGCAAUCUCAGACAUAGCUAACAAACGCCGCGCGCGACAG